AAUGAAACCAAGCCACACGCUACAAAUUAUCCAGUUGCUUUUAGUCGUUCGUUUAGUUUUAACGUUGAUUGUACUUUGGGCAUAACGUUUCCAACGGUUUUAUUGAUAUUUAGCAAAGCUGUAAAGAUGAAAUUUCGGUUGUUAUUGUGCGUAAAUUAUGAGUUCGCGUUGCCGGUUAUCUCAAUGCAAUUUUAACACUGCCCGCCUUCACAGAUGUUUCGCCUCGACCGAUGUUAUGGUAACAGUACUGCAUUCAUCGGCAUUUGAGAGAUAGUUGGUUUACCGCGUGGUCGUAACUUUGGUUUACUCUUUCGUUUUGGUUUUUUAUAUAGUUUACAAAAGUAUACUAACAUAGAACAUGGAUAGUGCUCCGAAUAAGGUCUCUUUGGGGCCGACAGUUCUUUUAACCAUUUUCGUCGGUCUUGGUGUGGCCGUUUUCGUGUUUUUUAUCAAAUGGAUUAAGCGGGAAAGCCCUAGAGUUGGCUCUGGAAAAGACGGGAAGCCUGGAAAAUCCAAAUCAUCUGGUGAAUUAUCUGGAAAGCAUUCAAAGAAAGAACAGACCAGUUCGGCAAAAACGGCAUCAUUAAAGAAAAAACUUACAGAAAGAGAGAAUAGAAGGAAUAACAGAGCUAGCGAAAAAGGAUUUAGACAUCCUUGGUUAUUAGCAUCUCUUAAAGGCCACACUGGUAGAGUUUUAGAUAUGGAUUUUGCAGCAAAUGGAAAAUAUUUAGCUUCAUGUGGAGAUGAAGAUCCUGAUCCUGGCGAUUAUUCAUCCCUUAAUGACAGUUCGUCUAGCUCUUCCGAUUCUAAUCCGAACAGCUCGCCAACCAGCCCGAGCGUGAGCCCUGUGAAAGGCCUGAGCCGGCGGCAGCGAAAGAACAGAAGGCGCGACAACCAACAGUCGACGAAGGAGGAAAAUAAUAAGUCGAGCGACUCGAAGAAAAGUGGAAGGCUGCCUAGUAAAAAAUUUUCAAACCAAAUAUCGUCUGUCGGUAGCCAGUAUGAAAUUGAAAGUUUAAAAUUUAGUCAACUUUCAUUCACGCCAUUAGAACAAUACAAACUGUUAAGUAUCGAUGAAGACACUUUUGUAACUUUUCUAAGAACCUAUGCCCUAAAACAUGAGAAUAAAACCAAAUUGGGAUAUCCCGUUCGUCCAGCGAAGAAACCACAAAUUUCUUCUUAUCAAGUGUCUACUUAUCAAACAGAUUAUGGCCACUACUAUUACCAUUCAGACUAUACCGACUAUACUGCCAAUUACUAUUUGGAUGUUCAUGCUGCCGAGUUUGUACCAGCGUACGACUCUGGAGAUUCAGGGAAUGGUAGUGAAAUUUCUGGUAAUUGCAGCGAAGAGGAUUGUAGCAGUAGCAGUUCCGACACUUCAGAAGAUCUGCCUGAUGAACGUUAUCCCCAUUUAGUCUCUGGCACAACUUACUACAAGGGUAUUAAACAGCGUAUCUGCGUUAGGUGCGGCAAAUUUUUUUUCACCACUGCUUGUGAUUAUGUCAGUUUGGAGGGCUGUCAGUAUCAUUGGGGAAAACUAAGGACAUUAAGUUAUCACGGUUACGGACCUUUGAUAUACACCUGUUGUGGCGGUACUAAAGAUUCAACGGGAUGUACUUCUGGAAACCUUCACGUUUGGAAUGGACCUAAGGAGAUAACAGUGAAUUCAUCGUUUACCGAAACUGAACCCGUCAAGUAUCGACCCAGGAGACUGCACUGGGGAGCGUAUAGUUUAGAUUGUGAAAUGUCUUACACCGUGAAAGGACUCGAAGCUGUAAAAAUUACAGUUGUCGGCAUUUCCGGCAAUCCAGUUUAUAACGCAUUUAUAAAACCUAAGAAUAAGAUUGUAGAUUUCAAUACGAGAUUUAGUGGCGUAAGUGAAGUGGAUUUUGUGAAAAAUAAUCCUAAAAGUUUAGAGGAAGUGCAAAGAGAUUUGAAAAAAUUCAUCUUUGAUGAAACAGUGGUGGUCGGUCACGGACUAGAAAACGAUUUUAAAGCGUUAAGACUUAUUCACAAGACCGUCGUAGACACGGCGUUCACAUUUCCCCAUUCGAGAGGGUUGCCCUACAAACGUUCGUUAAAAGGUUUAACCAGUGAUUGUCUACAACGUAAUAUUCAAUGUAGUGAGUCGGGCCACGAUUCUUUUGAGGACGCGCGCGCAUGUAUGGAGCUUAUGAUAUAUCGAGUGAGACGAGAUUAUAAACUAUGCCAUUAACGGCUGCAAUUUCUAUACUAAACAAGUUUAGUAACUACCUAGGUUUGAAUUCAAUCAGUAACUGUUAAUGGCAUAGUCCAAAUCACAAUGAAUUUGUUCAUUUAUCUGGUUUGUUAAAUUUACUCAUACAUGUUAAAUUUAACAGUUGGAGAAGUGUGGAGAUUUGGGUGAUUAAUAAUUAGUAAAAUAGAGAUUGACUUAAGAGGUUGUGAUUUAGUAUUCUGUCAGUAAGAGGGUAGGCAAACAUUUCUUAAUAACAUUUUUUAUUUGAUUUUAAUAUUUCUCGAAUAAAUAUUGUAUGUUUCGUACACUGCUAAAAUUUUAAUUAUUUGAGUUAAUGAAGUUAUUAAACAUUUUUUAUAUAAAACUACUUGGACAAAUGUUUUGCAACAGAGCACACUUAUAUCUGAUUUCUUAAAACUUUUCAAUAUUUUUAAAUGCUUUUCUACCCUUUUUUUAUUUAUAUUAGAAUGUUACACAUUUCAUUAUUCAUCAGCUUUUAUUUAUUGUAAACGCCAAUCAUAUUUUCACUGUUUCUUUAUAUCACUAACAUAUCAAGUUAAUGUUACUGUUUCAUAGAAUAUAAUUUUUAGUAUUAGAUGUGAUACCCAGAAUCUCAUUUUUUUCACAAACUUGAUUGUGAUAUUUUGUGGCUUUACUUGACUGUUUUACAACCCAAGACUUUCUCAUAAAGUGACCUUAUCUUAAGUAACAAACUUGAAAAAUGUAAAAUAUUAAAUAUAAGCUGUGAUAGUGCUUGUUUCAUAUUUUAUUAUAUUUAAGUAGUAUUAAAAUUACAGUUCAACAUAAUAGUAAUAUCAAGGAUGACAUAUUUAUACAUUAUAUAUAUGUCUUUCAUAAUUUUUACAUUUUUUUUGAGUUCGGACUAAACUUAAAUGUAAAAUAUAAAAACAAUAUAUUGUAUUUAAAUUUUAUAAAAAUCAUUUUUUUUGUCUGUAACUUUGUUAGUUCCUAAGAUUGUACUCACAGUGAUGAAAUUACUUUCCUAUCUGUUUUAAAUUAAACUAUUGCUUUUAAUAUAAAAAUUGAAACAUGUAUUACUGUGAUAUUAUCUUAAGUAAAUUUAAAUUAUUUUUGUAUACUUAUUUGUGGUGCUUUAAAUUUUUUUGGACCGCAUUUUUAUGUUUCUUUUUAAUUGGUUGACGUUCAGUCAUCAUUUUAGUUUGCCUGAAAAAUUGAAUGAAAGUAAUUACCUCAAGCAACUUUUUAUUUUGCAUACUGCCACUACUUAUCAAUCAUUGUAUAAAUAUAUUUUGACUGAAAGUAUGUUUUAAUUUGAUUAUAGUGUUUAAGUAUUAUUUUGCGGUAUUAGCAUAUUUUGUUUUCAAGAGAAAAUAUGUUAGGACAAAAUGGCUGUGUUUGUGAAAAAUGAAGUAGUUUGAGAAAGUAAACUAUUUUUAUAAUAAAAUUUACUAUAUUAUG